AGGUGAAUAUGUCUCCUACUUAUACUGGCUUAAGAAAGAUAAGACAAUUGGCCAAAAUACAAAGGAUAAGAGAACAAGUAUGGAAAGAUAGAAAAGGAAUAGUGGAAAAGGAUCCUUAUGCAGUGGACACCCUAUUGGAACGAUUUCCAACUUUAUCAACGGAAGAAAAGCAACAAUUGCAAUCGAUUGAACAAGGAAUAGCACCUGCCACAGGACAAUCUUAUGAUUAUCUUUUUGCCAAUAUAUUUGAUAGAGCCCUUGAAACUCCACCUCCUGGAGUACGUUCUCUCCGAAAGCCUUUAAGGAAGAAACCAAAGGAACCUCAUUUUGAACAUCACUUACAACCUCGUAUAUGGGAUAAUCCAUAUUGUGAAUUUCGUGAAUCAGAAGCACAAGAACGUUGGAAAGCAAAAUUGGCAAGAUUGGAAGCAGAAGGAAAAAGUCCUAAACAAAAAGCAGAAAAUAAAAGAACGACGAGAAAGAAAUAGUAGAGUUGUCCAUUUUCUUAUUUGAGUUCAUGUGGAGAUCCUAUUUGCUAUUUUGGAUAGAAAAGAUUGUUGAAAGUAUUCGUUUAUUAAAUGAGUCACCUCGAGAACUUUGGCUUAUUUAUGCCAUCAAGUUUUUAUCUUCUUUUAGUUACUUUUCUU